GGUGAGCGCUACAUGCUUGCGAUGCGCCACAUCAUCUACGUGUUGGACGAAAUCGAGGAUAUAACUGGGUCAAGUAUCUCGAAGAGCGACAUGCUGGACAGCUUCCGAAAAGCUGACGCGAGCGUGGCACAGAGUAGACAGCAUGCACAUGAAGCCGGGACUCUCUUCGAAUCGAUUGAAAGGCUAUCAGAAUGGGUAGAGAGCACGGAGGUGAAGGUCACUUGGUUCUUGAGGGAUUCGAAGUAUUUCAUCAAUACCAACGUGCUUCGUGGAAAACUUCACCUCGAUCAAUGGGACGACCCCUUGAACGACGCAUAUCCGCCACCUGGCCAAAGCAGUCAUCCGGACGGAAGUCCUCUCGUCAUUCCCACAGAAGAAGAUGCUCCUGCGGUACUUGGGAUAUUGCAGACCAUGCUCGAUCUCAUGAAAAAGCAACAGGAGAUCCUCUGGCCAUCGAUAGAUCGCAGUGCCGACGCCGAGUCCAUGCGGGAGAGAAGUCGCGAUUAUGAGGAAAGGAUCGAAGGAUUCAUGCAUUUCAUCCUUGAGGGUAUGCAUCCAGACAAACUACGCUCAUUCGUUCACACGUUGGCGAAGACUCCCGCAGCCCUAUCUGAAUGGAUGUCAAGACUUACUCAACCUACAGUCGCUCAAACGACAACAGAUCCAGGUCCGGACGAUUCACAAACUAAGAGCACCACUCCAAUGCGCUUCGACGAAGUCGUGCGAUCGCUCCUGGAGAGUGAAGAAGGUCAUGGUCUACUGGUGACACCGUACCACGGCUCGAAGGAGACUGAUGGAGAUUCGCCUCGCUCGACGAUCAGGGUGAAGUGUGAUUGUUGGCCUGAGUGUACGAAACGGAAGAUUCAUCAGUCUUGAGGAUGGUUUGUCAUCCGGUCUGUAGUACGUGAGGGCAAU